UCUUAGAGGGGAGGAGUCACCAGAGGCUCACGGGGGCCAAAACAAAAUGUGUGUCCCUGAUCCACUAACAUUAUUUCCGCCCUGGUGCCGUCCCGAGUGUCCGUGGAGCUUUUAAAUGGACUGUGAGACGAGCUCGAGCCGCCUGUUGUGACCGCCGCUCCGUCCGCUCCCCGCCGCGUCGCCCCGCACCGUCCGAACCGAAGCAGAGGAUGGAUGGGAACUUCCCCCCGGCUCUCAUCUUGUCUGUAGUCCUGCUCUCAGCUGUGUUGACGUCCUCGGCGGCUUUUCUGGAGCCCUACGACCUGUUAUAUGACAACGCGGUGCAGGCGUUUUACAACGGCGACUACAGAAAUGUGGUGCGCUUCAUGGAGGGCGCGCUCAGCACGCACCGGGAGGUCCGACGCACCAGAGUCCGGUGCCGGCUGAGGUGUCAGGACCAGCAUCCGUUUGGGAAAACCUUCUCAGACCUGCGUUUCUUCGACGUGGUCCUCAGGAGAGCGGCGUGCAUGAACCGGUGCAUCGAGGAGAAACUCGGCGCACAGUCCGUGCACAAAGUCAGCGAGGAUGUAGUGCAGGACUUCAACAGGAGGAUCCCGUACAACUACCUGCAGCUGGCUUAUCAGAAGUUGAAGCAAACUGACAAGGCAGCCGCAGCAGCUCACACCUACUUCCAGGCCAAUCCCGAACACGUGGAGAUGGGUCAAGACCUGGAACAGUACAAAGACCUGCAGAACGUCAGAGAGGAGCACUUUGUGGACCGGGAAGCCCGACCGCACCAGCACUCCUUCACAGCAGCGGUGAGAUUGUAUGAUAAAGGCGACUAUGAUGCAGCCGUGUCUCUGUUUGAAGACGCUCUGCUGGAAUACUACAAGGCAGAUGUGGAGUGUCGGGCCCUCUGCCAGGGGCCUCAGAAAUUUGAGGGCCACGACCACCUCCGAUACCGGUACAGCCUCCAUGAACUCAUAUCAGAUCAUUUCACUCAGGUGCUGCACUGUGAACACGAGUGUGUCAGAGACCUCGCUACUCGCCCAGGCCGCCUGUCCCCCAUGGAGAACUACCUGCCUCUGCACUAUGACUACCUUCAGUUUGCCUACUUCAAAGUGGGCCGGCUGGAGGAGGCGCUGCAGUGCGCUCUCACCUACCUUUUGUUCCACGAAGGCGAAGAGUUCAUGACGGACAACGUUGACUACUACAGGGAGAUGCUGGGACAUGACGGCAAACCGCGAGAGAAAGCGGCCUGGUACCUGAGGAGGCACAAGCAGGAGCUGGAGCUCCUUCUGAUUGGCAGCCAAACCAUGGGUGUGGAGUUCACUGAAGGAAAUUACUGGAGCAGCACCGGUGGAAGAGAAGACUCAAACAGGAUUCCCUCUGGCACAGAUGGUUGGAUGGAGUAUGUUCCCAUCUCUGAGAAGAAAAAUGUGACUAUUGUUCCUCCACAACAGCUGAAAGAAGGUGGCCCUCUGAUAUAUGACAGUGUGAAGCUGGUGCAGGACUCUGUGGCCUUGAACGGGACCCAGAGAGUUCUGCUGGACCAAGUUAUAUCUGAGGACGAGUGUGCAGACCUCCAACAACUGGCACACGCUGUUACCAUGGCCGGAGACGGCUACAGAGGGAGGAUGUCUCCACACACUCCCAAUGAGAAGUUUGAAGGAGCCACUGUCCUAAAAACACUCCAGUACGGCUAUGAGGGCAGAGUGCCAAUGAAGAGUGCCCGUUUGUUCUAUGAUGCCAGUGAGCGAGCCAGACGCAUUAUUGAGUCCUAUUUCAUGCUGAACUCCACUCUGCACUUCUCCUACACCCAUCUAGUGUGCCGGACCGCCAUCACAGGUCAGCAAGAUCACAGGAACGACCUGAGCCACCCCAUCCAUGCUGACAACUGCCUGCUGGACCCUGAAGCCAACGAAUGCUGGAAGGAACCACCAGCAUACACCUACCGAGACUACAGUGCACUGUUAUAUCUAAAUGGAGACUUUGAAGGAGGCGAAUUUAUUUUCACAGAAAUGGAUGCCAAAACAAUCACGGCAUCGGUAAAGCCCAAGUGUGGCCGGUUGGUAGGUUUUUCAUCAGGUGGGGAGAAUCCACACGGGGUGAAAGCCGUCACCAGCGGGCAGCGGUGUGCUGUGGCUCUGUGGUUCACCCUGGACCCCCUCUUCAGAGAACUGGAGAGGUUACAGGCAGACGAGGUGAUCCUGGCGUUGGACACGCAGUCGGUGUGGAAUCAAGGCCUCAACAUCAACCCCAAAGAUGAACUGUAGAAGCGACAAAAAGACAUCACCCUACCACAGUUUCUUGAGAGAAACAUUUUAAGUAUUUAUUAAAUGACCUUUGGAUCGGAACAUAUCUAUUUUUGUACUGUUUGAAGUGCAAGGGUAAUGAUGUUGUCAUUUUUGUGUUGUCAACUGUAUUUUUUUGCCAUGUUUCAAUCCAAAACUUGAGUUUACCUUUGGUUCUUUUUUUUUUUUUUUUUUUUUUUUUUUUUUUUUUUGCUCCUUUCACAAGCUUUGGUUUCACGAUAACUCAGUUUACUUUUAUUCAAGGCUACCUAGUGCAUUAGCAGAACUUGACAAUUUCAUGUUUCAUAAUGUUCAUAAGUAUAAUCUCACUGAACUGUGAAGUUGAUAUUUCACUGCUUUGGUUAGGUUUCAGUUUGUUAUGUAUAUUAUGACAAAACAUCCCAGGUUCACAUUUUUAAUGGCCAGCUGCUUAAAAUAAUAUUUAACUUCAUCUUCACAAGUGGUACAGUAGUAUAUCAUGUCACUAACAACAUUACGUCUAUGCCAGUUAUGAUUAUUUUCAAAGUAGGCAGUGCACUGUUUUCAUCUAAGGGCAUCUGUGUCUGAAAGAACUUCCACAAGAGAUCAUGUUGUAUGCUGAAUAUUUGAGGGUCCCGCUCUCAUUGUCUUUCUCUGUGUGUCAAGUCUGAAAGUGCAGGUGUCUCCAGUCACUCAAGAGGCUUGUUGUGAUAAUAUUGUCUCUUCCCCUCUGCUCAUGCAGACAGAUUACUGGUUUACAUGUUUGCUGACACGAGGAUGUGGUGUGUUUGUGUGUGUGUGCGUGUGUGCGUGCGCGUGUGCAUGUUCUACUUUAAUUUAUGUGUUUUAAUAAUAGACAGCUGCUGUCUGCAUUUGAUAUGAGGAACUUUUUUUCAUAAAAGAUGCCUAUCGUUCCUGUUUCAAGGAAUACAAUUUUGUUUGGUCUUUUAUUUCUUUGUAAUUGUUUUGAUGAUGCAGGUGAUAGGUCAAGUCGUGCACUGUAAAUCCAACGGAAAUAAACAACAAAGAGUGACUUUGUCGCUACAUAGAUAUAAAAUGCUAACUAUAAUUUCAAUCUUGUUGUUUUCUUGAUGUUUUCCUGAUGUUUUGUCGGCCACUUUAGUUUCACUGAUAUUUAAUUGUGAAAUGCUGUAGCACAAAAAAUGUAUGUGUACAUUCCUAUAAAUUAAAAUACUGUCAUA